GAGAUCGACCUCGUCAGGCAAAGGUUGGUUAUCAGAAACACGUACUAAACCUGUUGCUGUGGCGUGUGUAUAAUUAUCCGUGAUAUUUUAAGGAAUCCAAAGUAAUUUAGUAAAUAGUACAAUACAAUAUCUCAGUACAAAUAUGGUAUAUAUUUUAAUUAUCCUAAUUCUAACUCAGAAUAUCUAUACAAUUCGUGCUGAUAUUCGUGUGAAAACAGGGCAACAAAUUGUUGCUAACUUAUUUGAAGGGUAUUCCCCUGUAGUCAAACCACGAUUGAAUCUCUCGGAGCCUGUUGAUAUCAAUCUAACAUUACAUUUUACGUCAUUGAGGGAAAUUGACGAACGACUACAGACGAUGACAUUUAUUGGCUGGAUAGAGCUGUCAUGGAUCGACGAGUUUCUAAUAUUAAAAGAUGGAGUAAGGAGUGUACAGCUUCCAAAAAGUGCGAUUUGGUACCCGGAUGUAGCUCUAUUUAACUCCAUUGACGAUCCUCUAAACAUCAGUGAUGGUGAGCAUAUUGUGCUUCUAGAAGAUGGACGAGUUGUGUGGUUUCCUGGGCGACAAUACAGUGUGAUCUGUCGAAUCGAUAUCCGGCGGUUUCCUUUCGAUACACAGAAAUGUCAGAUUCGUCUAGGCUCUUGGCAGACACCUGUGUGGGUCCAACGGAUCGUAGACACCGGAGAUAGUCUUAGUGAUGUAGGAUACGAAGAAAAUGGGGAAUGGGAGAUUAUAGACAGGAUAACACAGCCAGAAUACAAUAGCAACUUCAGGAUUUCCUAUGUUAUAUACGAGAUCCAUUUUCGUCGACUUUGUUUGUAUCCUGUCAUCAACACUCUACUUCCGGUUAUCCUUCUUUCCUUUCUAAAUACACUAGUAUUCCUACUUCCGGCCAACUCUGGAGAGAAAAUGACCGUGUGUAUAUCUGUUCUUCUGUCAUUUACGGUGUUUUUGACCGUGUUUAAUGAUAUGAUGCCGCAAAUAUCGACAACAAUUUCGUAUCUGUCAAUUUACUUAUGUGUCCAGCUCGCUAUGAGUGGAUUGGCUGUUAUGGAGUCCAUAUAUAUCUGGCGAGUUAAUUACCGUGAAAAGAACGAAACCAUAGAAAAUGAACAUGGCGCGUCAAAGUAUAACGGUAUAUUGCUGCCGAUUUCAGCAGAAGGUUUCACGUUCAACACAAAAGACAGCCCACUGGGCGACGAUUCGAUCGGACAGUUGGAUUGUACUACUAAUCCUAUUGGGUACAUCAGCAAUAAUAACAUUGACGAUAAAAGAGCUUCACCUAAACGGCCGUCCCUCCCCAGGUUUAAACAGACAUAUUCUGUAACAGCCGAAGGAAGUGGCCGUCACUGUGAACUGAGUUCCAGGCGUUUAGAUGUAAUGUGUUUCUGGAUGCACCUUUGUAUCACGUCCUUGUCCACAACCAUCCUUCUCAUUAUGUUCUGGAUUUAAGAUGAAGCCAAUUGUGUCUUUUCUACUCCUCGCCAUGGCAACAACGGUAUUGUCUUGUAGCGACUGGUACCAGGGAGCCACGUGCUAUUGCGCAUGCGAGGACACCGCUAUUGCCUGUAAACAGAACUGUAAUCCACAGCUGGGUGAUCCACAGGAUGUCAUAUUCCGGAAUGUGUGUACCGACUAUUGUAACAUGGACAGUAUUCGGUGUAUGCGCAAAUGUUUGACGUAAAAAAUCAAUAUUGGUGAAGUAAGCAAAAUGAGAUCAGUAGCAUUUAACAAAUAUAGAAUUCUAGAUGUAUACAGGCAGAUUGUCAGAAAUAACACAAGGAAUUAAAUCAUAUAUUUACCGCA